CUGUUAUAGAUUAUGCGAAAACACGCGUAGCUAUAUUUUUGUGUUUUUAAAUUGUAUUAAACAACUAAAAUGCCGGUCGUGGUACGCAUAAAACGUCGCAUUGACGAAGAUCCAGCACCGCAGUCAGCGUUUGUCUUAAACGGCAAGCGUCGGCGACUCGAAAACGAUGAGAAUGAUGAAAAUGCGUCUGGAGCAAACAAAGAAAAGGAUGUUAAUCAAGUGCUGCUGAAAUUUGCAGGCACGCUAGAUAAACAGGACAAUGGCGCCACCAAGCAAUUUGCUGCGGCGCGUCUUAACAAAGCUGCGGCCAAGGAGCUGGUACGUCAAACUAACGAUCCGGCAAUAGCAACCGCCCAGAGGCGGGAAAAACAGCGCCAGGAAGCGCAACAAAGUGCUCGCGAACAACGUUAUCGCGUAGUCAACUGCCUGCGCACAACGCUGACAGAUGAGUCGUCAGCAGAGACUGAAGCGCAGGCAGCGGGCAGCAGCAGCGCGCCAGCGUCAGAGCAAAAGAUAACAAUAGUGGAUAUAGAAGCAUCACAUCAAGCACAAACAGAGCCACAAACACUGCAGCAGCCACAUGAUCAACAGCCUGCCGAUUCGGAUAUUGGCUAUGUCUAUGAUCUGUAUGUGCCUGAGAAUGAAACACAAGCGGCCUAUGUUGACCUAAUGGAUGACAAUUAUCUAAGUUUGGUUGCUAUGGACGAAAUCAUACUGGAAGAUUGUUACAAUGAUCAGGAUGAAGAUUACGAUUCAGAGGAUUCAAAUCAGGAGAACUACUAUGCCAACGAUUAUCCAGACGAUGAUGAUGCGGGUGCCAUGGGCUCGGAUGAUGAGCUGUGUCGACAAAUGAAUAAAUUUAUGUUUGAUGAUGAAGAGGAUGAAUUUGUCAGUGGCUCCAGUGAUGAUGAGGAUCACAAUACGUUUCAGGAUCCUUAUGUACAUACUAUAGACACCGAUGCGGGCCAUUUUGUUGAUGAUGUGGACUUUUAUAAUGUCGAUCGUCAAGGGAGUGCAUACGAGCGUUAUAAGCGUCGCAUAUUAAGAGAAGCUGAGGGUCUUGGUACCGACUCAGAUAGCUCAGAAUAUGAUGAGCAGGAUUAUGAAAGCGCCAACAGCAGCGAAUAGAUUUAAGU